AGUUCCGAGGCGCCUCCCCCGCGGGGGUCGGGGAGCGGGGUCACCCCUCCCGGGGCCGCUGGACCGGGGGGAUCGCAGCCCGGGGGGAGCGGGAGGGCCCCGGGGCACGGGUGAGGGCAGCGGCGCCGCUGCCCGAGGGGCCGGCGGAGUCCCCCCGCUGCGUCCCGAACUGCAAGUCCCAGAGGCCCCCGCGGGGCCGGCCGGGCCGGGCCAUGGCGUCUGUGGCUUCCCCGGUGGGCGCCCGGUGGGAGCGGCGGCCGGAGCGGCGGGUCCCCGGCAGGACCCCGCCCGGGCCGGGGCUGUUCGCAUGAGCCCCCGCGCCGGUGGGAGCGGGGGCUGAGCGGGGCCGUCCGGCCAUGGCGGCGGAGAGCGGGGGAGCGGGAGCCUCCGCUCGGGAGCACCGCCUGGAGCCCGGGGACACGCUGCCGGGGCUGGCGCUGCGCUACGGGGUGACGAUGGAGCAGAUCAAGCGCGCCAACCGCCUCUACACCUCGGACACCAUCUUCCUCAAGCCCACCCUGCUCAUCCCUGUGCCUGGGCAGCCGAGGGGACCCUGCCCCGAGGACAAGGACGUGCCCGUCCCUUCGGGGGGUGCCCCGGCCGCCCCCGCCAUGGCCCGCCAUGACCUCUCGGCCACCGAUUUCUUGCAGCAGCUUGAUGCUGAGAUCGGGCGCUCCAAGGCGGUGGCGGCGCAGCGGCUCCGCGCCGGCAGCACUGGCACAGCCGAGGUCGAAGGCACGCAGAGCCCGGAUGCCGGGGGCCCAGCCGCCUCCCGGGGCCCCCGCCUCGGCCCCCGGCCCCUCACCAGGACCCCCCGGGCAGCCGCCCUCCGCGACGCCGAGGACGAGAUCUUCACGCUGUGAUGCUGGGGACACCGAGGCUGUGAGGUCGUGACUCCCGUGGUGACGGGGAUCCCGGGACACCCCCAGCACCCAGCCCCUGCCGCAGAUAGGGGUGGGGACACAGGGAUCUGGGGAGGGGUGGGACAUGGUGUCCUCUGCCUCUCUCUUUCAAGGGACCUUUCCUGCUGCAGGGACACCCAGCCCCUAAUUGCAGAGCCAGCCUUCUUGCGGGACUACUGGGAGAUGGUACUGGGAGCUACUGGGUGGUACUGGACAAGAUUUACCAGCUGACGUUUUCCUUCUGGUUGUAUUUAUUUGUACGUCUUUGCUCUCAGGGGUGGCUUUGGGAGGGUGGGAUCCCAAUGCCAGUGCCCGGACCCCCGUGGGGAUGGGGACAGCCACCUCCCACCCCGAGAGCCUGUAAAUAAAAUGGAGCACUGUCACCUG